AUGCCGUCGCAGCAAAAGUAUCCAUCGAAGCAAAGAUCGUCUUCGCCGCCGUCGAAGACUGGUGCCAUUUGUCGGCAUCCUUCUCCUCGCGGUAAGAUUGAGAAAGCGUCGGAAGGAAAGCGGUCAGGUCAUAGGUCUCCACCGCUUCCAAAAACCUCACUUGAGAUCCUGAACCCGCCCACGGAUAGCAACAGUCUGGGUCCAGUACCUUCGAAGUCGGCACUUGGCCAAGAACUUAUAGACAUGAGCUGCAUCUGUGUUGAAGACCUCAACGAACGGACGGUAUACACCGAUGCGACCAUCCAUGAGUUCGUAGCUCAAGAUUUCAAAGGGUUGCUCACUGGCCAAACCGACGCUAGCAACUAUCAUGAAUUUCUGGAGGCUCAACGACAAAUUGCCGACGUCGAUUCUGGAUAUCACGUCAAUGUUAUCUAUGCGUCGGCUGAUGUUGAUGAGCGGACUGGCCAUACUGUUGUGUAUAUGUCGGUGGAGAUCUUGGGCCGACCUAUAGGCAUUCGACGCAAUGCGGUAAUUGUGUGGAAGUGGAGGAAGAGGUUUGGGCGGUGGCUGCUGUACAAGCAGCUCGGUAUACGAGGGAUGAUGGGUAUUCUGGAAGAUGGUCAGGUGGAAGAUGCAAGUCGAAAGAAUCUUGCUGCAUCGAAAGAAUCUUGCUGCAUCGAGGGAUCAUGA